UUACGAGGAAGCGGUCCUCUGAUAGGCUAAACCUCGGGCGUUAAAAACACCCUUUUCUUGAUAAAUAGGCGUGACACAGAUCUCGUGAUUCAGGGAAAUAAAAAGGUGUCAGGCCGCCCUCGUUUCCACACGGCUGGAGGAAGCUACUCAAAGGGUCACAGAAAACGCAAAAGUAAAAGCAACAUGGAUGUCCGGACUGGUUUCGUUGUUUUGUUCUGCCUGAUUGGACUCACCUGUGCGGAUCCAGUGAAGUUCAAAGACUGCGGGUCCUCAAGUGGCAAAGUGAGCAUGGUGGACAUUACCCCUUGCGCCAGUCAGCCAUGUGAGCUACACAAAGGACAGUCCUACAGUGUCAAUGUUACAUUCAACAGUGGUGUGGUAAGCCAGACGAGUACUGCAGUGGUUCACGGUGUCAUUGCUGGAGUUCCUAUCCCCUUCCCCAUUCCCAUUGAAGAUGGCUGCAAGUCUGGAAUCCAGUGUCCCAUCCAGAUGAAGCAGCAGUAUCACUAUUUGAACUCUCUUCCUGUGAAGUCUGAGUAUCCCUCUAUAAAGCUGGUUGUGAAGUGGGAACUGAAAGACGACAACAAAAAUGACUUGUUCUGCAUCAAUUUCCCCGUUCAGAUUGUGAGCUAAGCUAGCAAACAGUAUCUUUAACAAGUGGUGUUUCUGCUUUGAGUAAAAACAAACUAAAGGGUGUAAAUGACUGUAGUUAAGAUCUCAUUUUUAUUCAUUCAUCAAAAUGAUUUUAAGAUGCCUUUCACUAGCUCACAAGACUUUGCUGCACAUGCACACCUUGAAUCCUGCUGAAAUAAAAUCAAUGGCUGGCUUGAUUUUGAUUCUAACAGUCAUUUUUAAGAUUUGCAGAAUAAUGCGGCAAAUCGGCUACAUUCCACUACAGUGCAAAUCUUACUGGCUGCUGUGUAGUCAAAGGGUACACAAUAUACUUUUUCUUUACUGGAAACUUUUGUAAUAUUUCUUACUGACCUUGUACUGUAAGAUGAUGAUUGGAAUAUGAAGACUUAAAUUCUAAUAAAUGAAACUAAUGUACCCAA